AUGCGUGAAAUAGUGCACCUACAAGCUGGUCAAUGCGGCAACCAAAUCGGUUCAAAGUUCUGGGAGAUAAUAUCAGAUGAACACGGCAUCGACACUACGGGGCACUAUCGCGGGGACAGCGAGCUGCAGCUGGAGAGGAUCCAGGUGUAUUACAACGAAGCAUCCGAUGGCAGCCGCUUCGUUCCACGAGCUAUCCUGGUUGACCUGGAGCCAGGCACGAUGGACGCCAUUCGUUCCUCCGCCUACGGUCAGCUGUUCCGUCCGGAUAACUAUGUGUUUGGACAGAGCGGUGCUGGUAACAACUGGGCAAAGGGUCAUUACACGGAGGGCGCGGAGCUAGUGGACUCUGUCAUGGAUGUUGUGAGGAAGGAGGCCGAGCCUUGCGAUUGCUUGCAGGGAUUUCAACUGACUCACUCCUUGGGAGGCGGUACAGGCUCAGGGUUGGGGACGCUACUGCUGAGUAAGCUUCGCGAGGAGUAUCCAGACCGCAUUGUUAACACGUUUAGUGUGAUGCCCUCGCCGAAGGUGUCUGACACGGUGGUGGAGCCGUACAAUGCGACGCUGUCCGUCCACCAGCUGGUGGAAAACACGGACGAGACCUUCUGCAUCGACAACGAAGCACUCUACGACAUCUGCUUCAGGACCCUACGUCUUGCUUCACCAACGUACGGUGAUCUGAACCAUCUUGUUUCGCUCACCAUGUCCGGGGUGACCACGUGCCUCCGGUUCCCUGGGCAGUUGAACGCGGACCUGAGGAAGCUGGCCGUCAACAUGGUGCCGUUCCCGAGGUUGCACUUCUUCAUGCCAGGAUUCGCGCCACUCACAGCCAGGAACAGCCAGGGAUAUCGGUCGCUUACUGUUCCCGAACUUACGCAGCAGAUGUUCAGUCCGGUGAACAUGAUGGCGGCGUGCGACCCACGGCACGGCCGCUACCUUACGGUGGCGGCCAUUUUCCGCGGCCGCAUGUCCAUGAAGGAAGUUGACGAGCAGAUGCUCUCUGUUCAGGACAAGAACUCCAGUUACUUCGUGGAGUGGAUCCCGAACAAUGUGAAGGUAGCGGUGUGCGACGUGCCGCCGCGUGGGCUCAAAAUGGCCGCCACGUUCGUGGGCAACACCACUGCAAUUCAAGAGAUUUUUAAGCGUAUUUCUGAACAGUUCACCGUCAUGUUUCGAAGGAAGGCAUUCCUUCACUGGUACACUGGCGAGGGUAUGGACGAGAUGGAGUUCACCGAGGCGGAGAGCAACAUGAACGACCUGGUCUCCGAGUACCAACAGUAUGAGGAAGUAGGUGUAGAUGACGUUGAGUUCGAUGAACAAGAAGAAAUGCCUGGUGAAGAUUGUCCAGAGGAAGAAUGA